GCCUCGGCGUUUCCCGCGCCGCGGAGCUUCUCCCCUUAAAAGGACAAUAGAGGCCUCGGGAGCGCGCGCGGUCGCCGGGCCUUCUCCCCUUCCCAGCCCGCGACGUGCGCGCGCCCGUAUGCAAAUAAGUUCGAUUCAAGAGAAUUUUGUGCCGGGAGCCGCGCGUGCGCAGAAGGAAAGCGGAAUCUACACCUUCCCGGCCAGCGGUAGCAACUGCCGAACUGCAGGAGACAAUCUUUCUAGACAAGGCAGUUGAGGAGGAGGGAGCGCUUGAGGGAGACUGGCCUGGCGUGCACUCCGCACCUCAGGACGUUGUUGCGCGUGGAACGGCUGCUUUUGGAAGACUGUUGCCCAGAAGAAAAGAUGUUUGGUUUUCACAAGCCAAAGAUGUACCGAAGUAUAGAGGGCUGCUGUAUUUGCAGAGCUAAGUCCUCCAGUUCUCGAUUCACUGACAGUAAACGCUAUGAAAAGGACUUCCAGAGCUGUUUUGGAUUGCAUGAGACGCGUUCAGGAGACAUCUGCAAUGCCUGUGUCCUGCUUGUGAAAAGAUGGAAGAAGUUGCCAGCAGGAUCAAAAAAAAACUGGAAUCACGUGGUAGAUGCAAGGGCUGGACCCAGUCUAAAGACUACAUUGAAACCAAAGAAAGUGAAAACUCUAUCUGGGAACAGGAUAAAAAGCAACCAGAUCAGUAAACUGCAGAAGGAAUUUAAACGUCAUAAUUCUGAUGCUCACAGUACCACCUCAAGUGCCUCCCCUGCUCAAUCUCCUUGUUACAGUAACCAGUCAGAUGACGGCUCAGACACAGAGAUGGCUUCUGGUUCUAACAGAACACCAGUUUUUUCCUUUUUAGAUCUCACAUACUGGAAAAGACAGAAGAUAUGUUGUGGGAUCAUCUAUAAAGGCCGUUUUGGGGAAGUCCUCAUUGACACACAUCUCUUCAAGCCUUGCUGCAGCAAUAAGAAAGCAGCUGCCGAGAAGCCAGAGGAGCAAGGGCCAGAGCCUCUGCCCAUCUCCACUCAGGGGUGGUGACUGAGGUUUUUAUGUGGAAGGGGAAUAGAAAAACCAUCUAAAUUUUGAAAAGACCACAAAGCAACAAACUGACCCUCUUUUUUUUCCCACCCUCGAGACGGAGUUUUGUUCUUGUUGCCCAGGCUGGAGUGCAGUGGCAUGAUCUUGGCUCACUGCAACCUCUGCCUUCCGGGUUCAAGUGAUUCUCCUGCCUCAGCCUCCCGAGUAGCUGGGUUUACAGGUGUCCGCCACCACACUCAGCUAAUUUUUAUAUUUUUAGUAGAGAUGGGGUUUCACCACAUUGGCCAGGCUGGUCUUGAAUGACCUUCUUAUUUGUAACUUGGAUACCUGCUAUUCUGCCAAAAGACAACUUCUAGAGUAGUUUUGAAUGGGUUGAUUUUCUCCAGUCCUACAAACUCUGAAGCCAGUGUCUAGCUUACUAAGAAAAGAGUUGUACAUAAUAUUUAAGAUGCUGAGUAUUUCAUAGGAAAGCUGAAUGCUGCUGUAAAGUGCUCUUUAAGUCUUUUUUUUAAAAUCCCCUUCUAAUGAAUGAAACUAGGGGAAUUUCAGGGGACAGAGAUGGGAUUUGUUGUAUGAUAAACUGUAUGUAGUUUUUAGUCUUUCUGUAUUGAGAAGCAGUGGUUGGGGCAUUUUUUUUCAGAUGGCUGGCUACACUUGUUUUCCCUCAUGAUAAUAAAUUUGUCAUAACUCAGUAACAUGGACUUUGCCCUUAGAGGUAGUUGUUAAUAAUUUUGAAAUAUUAAGGCCUUGCCAAGGUUCUGAAGAUUCAAACCUGUACUACUGAUUAUUAAGCAGGACAGACUGAGCUUACUGUUGGCAAAUAUCUUGGAGGAGAAAGUAAUUUCUAAAUAUACAGAGAGGUAACUUGACUAUAUAUGUUGCGUCCUGUGCUACCUCCCUUCUUAUUAAUAUUUGAUAAAUAUUUUAAUUUAUGUAAAACUUCUAAAGCAGAAUUAAAGCGCCUCUUGGGGAAAUGGCAAGUCUUUAGGACAGGUGAGGCCCUGUAUGAAUAGUACCAAAGCAUUACCGUAUGGUAGAGAACACACUCUAUUAAAAAUGGUAAGCUAUCUGAAAAAUAAAAUGUGCGGGUCUUCAGGAUGGCACAAAACAGGUUAAUGCUUCUUGGGGCACAUUUCUUAGAGGGCUUGCUGAGUGUGUAAAUAUAAUCGACUUUUGUUUGUGUUACAUGACUUUGAUGACUUCACUGAAAAUCUGCACAAUUCAGUUUUAGCUCUGGAUUACUUCAGUUGACCUUUGUGAAGGUUUUUUUUUUUAAUCUGUGUAGAGUGGGUGUUUGACUUGUUUUAGCCUAUUAGGUUUUUAUUUUCUUUCACCCUGUAUUAAUAGUAAAAUUUACUAAAAGAAAAGAGGUUUGUGUUCAUGUUAAGUGGGUUGGUUUUGGUUUGGCUUCUUUUAGUUAGGUUUUCUGAACAUUGAGAUAUCCUGAACUUAGAGCUCUUCAAUCCUAAGAUCCUUAUGAAAAGCUUCUCACUGGAACCCAAACCAGAGUACUCUUACUGCCUCUUUUCUAAAUGUUCAGGAAGAAGCAUCACCAGUUUAGUCUUUUCAUAAUGAGGGAGAAGCAUUUGCCUGCCUUGUAAUAACAAGACUCAGUGCUUAUUUUUAAACUGUGUUUUAAAAAUUGGAUAGUAUAAUAACAAUAAGGAGUAAGCCACCUUUUAUAAGCACUGUGUAGUUUUAUAGUUCUUAAUCUAAACAUGUUAUAUUAUCUUCUUUUGGAAAAAUCCUACAUGCUACAAGCCACCAGAUACACAGACUAUACAGUGAGUUGGGUCGUCUCUACCACAGUCUUUGAGGUGAAUUACAAAAGUCCAGCCAUUAUCAUCCUCCUGAGCUAUUUUGAAAUGGUUUUUUUUUUUUUUUUGUACAUUUUGGCUGCAGUAUUGGUGGUAGGAUAUACUAUAAUAUGGAUCAUCUCUACUUCUGUAUUUAUUUAUUUAUUACUAGACCUCAACCACAGUCUUCUUUUUCUCCUUCCACCUCUCUUUGCCUGUAGGAUGUACUGUAUGUAGUCAUGCACUUUGUAUUAAUAUAUUAGAAAUCUACAGAUCUGUUUUGUACUUUUUAUACUGUUGGAUACUUAUAAUCAAAACUUUUACUAGGGUAUUGAAUAAAUCUAGUCUUAUUAGAAAAUAAAA